UACCGUCCUGCCGGCACCGGGACACAGGCUCCCUGCCCCUCUCCAGCCCCAAUGGACUACCAAGAGAGCGAGUACCUGGAUGAGCAUGGGAAACACACCCCCUGCAGAAACUGCAUGCCCGGGCAGGAGCUUUCUAAGGACUGCGGCGACAGCGGCGGGGGGGAUGCGCAGUGCGUUGCCUGCCCUCCCAGGAAGUUUAAGGACAGCUGGGGGCAUCAGAGCUGCAAGCCCUGCCUCUCCUGCACCCUCAUCAACCGCAUCCAGAAGUCCAACUGCACGGCGACGACCAACGCAGUCUGCGGGGAGUGCCUGCCGGGGUUUUACCGCAAGGCGCGGAUCAGCGGGCAGCUGGACUGGGAGUGCAUCCCUUGCACCAAGCAGACACCCUCCUCCGAGCCUCAGUGUCGGUCCAGAACAAACCUGGUGAAAGUAGCCAUCCCCACCGUACCGCCGCAGGACACGGCCCUUCUUGCAGUGACCAGCAGUGCCCUGGUCAUCAUCGUACUGGUGCUUCUGGCACUCUCCAUCAUCUACUGCAAGCGGUUUUGGAAGAGCCAGUGCCAGCGAGUCUUCCUGAGGACUCAGAACUUCUCGGGCCAGCAAGCAAUGUUCCCGACCGCGGCGGCGCCCGGCAGAUUCCUGUGUGAGGAGCAGAUGUCUGGUCCCUGCUGCCUGGGCGUGAAGAACCUGAGCCCCUGCUACAGGCAGGCAGAAGGCCCCGUGGAAGCAGUGCAGUUCAUUUCGGACGGGGAAGCCGUGGGUCUCCAGCUCCCCUCUCUCCAGCCGGAGAUGGACUUGCCGCCGGCCGUCGCCAUCAGCGCUGCCUCCAAAGCCCAGCUGGGCAAGAGCCUCCUGGAAAGCCAGCCCCUCAUCCGGGCCUCGGGCCGCGGCGACUGCCUGGCCGGGGUCCUGCCACCCUCCGACCCCCGGCAGGGCCAGCCGGGCACGGCGGAGGCCCUGGCCCCCCUCUCCUCCUGCGCCUCCGAGAUGCAGCACAAGUGGCCGCACGCCCCGGUGGAGUGCACCGAGCUGGACCUCCAGAAGUUCUCCACCCAGGCAGAGUUUGUGGGCGGCGAGCGGCCGGAGGAGGCGGCGAGCCGGGCGGCGCAGAGGAUCCCGGCAGAGAGCGGUGGCGUGGGGCGGGAGGGGGCCCGGCGCCCGCCCUCCGCCUUCCCGAAUCCCACCGCCGAAAGCGGGGAGCAGCCGGUGGAUGAUGCCCAGAGCCUCGUGACUCAGAUCAGCAGCACAGCGAAGGGUCUCCCGGUAGCAGAGCUGCCCCGUUCCUUGGUGCAGUCACUUGCCUUCUUGUUGGACCCUUCCUUGAACGGUGUGAAGAACUUCAGCCACGUGGCGCUGGAGCUGGGGGUUGCGCCCCAGUUGCUGGGACGGAUAUCUGGAUUCGAGCAGCUCGUCGCUCACUUCACCCGCUCGGGAGACACGGUCACCAUCCCACUCCUGGCCCAAGCUCUGCAGCGGCUCCAGCGGUUCGAUGCCUUGCUCCUGCUCUGCGACCACUUCGCGCUCAGCCAGGCUCAGGGCCGCCAGCGCUAGAGACGACAGGGAAGGGACGGAGGAAGCUCCAGGCACUGUGUGUACUGGUACGGGAGAGGAUCUGGUAGCCCUGCGGUCACAUAAUCUCUCUGGUGUGCACGUGGGGAGCACGUGGAGACAGUCUUUGCAUCGCGGAACAAAAGGAUGCAAGGGCGAGCAUCCCUCCUCGGGGGAGUGCCGGGAGGCCGCAGCCGUGCCUCCUCCCGGCCUCCGCGCGGGAGGGUUCGCUCAGGCCCCUCCGGAGGCCGUUUCUCUCCAGUUGCGUUGACACCCUUGUCUGGCAGCGGAGUGCCGUCAGUCGCUGUGCUGCGGUGCUCUCGCUCUGCAGUGAGCCCCGUGGGGUCCCUCGGCCACGGGGCUCAGUCUCCGCGGGCAGCCAUCCUCCUACGGGCCCAGCCAUCGCCUCCCUCCCAUUCCAGCUUUCUCGUCCUUCAUCUGGCCCAUGCUCUGCUUUCCCAGGUGCCGGUUGCCACUGUCCCAGUUUACUUUUUGCUCGCUCCUCUCCCUCUGUGCCAGAGACGGUC